GCUGCGGGCGGGUCGGUGCCGCCGGGACGAGCGGGGAGCGGACGAGACAACUUCCCCAGGGGCACGGGGGGCCCCAGGAGGGCGGCGGCGGCUCCUGUCAAAAGGAAGGGGCUCUCCCGUGCCGCUGGCUGCUCCCCCGAAGAUGGAAGUCAGGCAUGACUGGCUCUCCUCAUCCCCCCAUGAGGGCUUCGAGCAGAUGAGGCUGAAGAGCAGACCCAGGGAGCCUUCCCCAAGCCUCACCAGAGUAGGUGCGAACUUCUACAGCACUGUCAAGCAGCAGGACUACAGUGCCAGUGUCUGGCUGAGGAGGAAAGACAAACUGGAGCACUCCCAGCAAAGAUGCAUUGUGAUCUUUGCACUGGUAUGCUGCUUUGCAAUUCUGGUUGCACUGAUAUUUUCGGCAGUGGAUAUUAUGGGAGAAGAUGAGGAUGGACUCUCAGAAAAGAACUGUCAAAAUAACUGUCGGGUUGCUCUCGUGGAAAAUAUUCCUGAAGGGAUCAACUAUUCAGACAGUGCACCAUCCCAUUUGUCUCUUUUCCAAGGCUGGAUGAAUUUGCUUAAUAUGGCUGAAAAGUCUGUUGACAUAGUGUCUUCCCAGUGGGACCUCAAUCACAGUCAUCCAUCAGCAUGCCAGGGUCAGCGUCUUUUUGAAAAGCUGCUGGAACUGGCGUCCCGAAAUAUUGAGAUAAAGCUCGUGAGCGAUAAACUGCCCGUGGAAUCCAAGGUAUUAAACGACUUGAAAGCAAAGGGUGCUGAAGUGUUGUAUAUGAACAUGUCAGCAUACAAUGAAGGUCGGCUUCAGUCUUCGUUCUGGAUUGUUGAUAAACAGCACGUAUACAUUGGAAGUGCCAGCCUGGACUGGAGAUCGUUGGGACAGAUGAAGGAGCUUGGCGUCAUUGUAUACAACUGUAGCUGCCUGGUCCUGGAUUUACAAAGGAUAUUUGCCCUGUACAGCUCAUUAAGGUAUAAGAAUAAAGUACCUCCAAGUUGGUCUAAGAGACUCUAUGGAGUGUACGAUACUCAAAAUAAACUGACGCUGCAGCUGAACGAGACAAAAUCGGAAGCUUUUGUGUCGAACUCACCUAAACUCUUCUGCCCCAAGGACAGAGUCCUGGAUAUCGAAGCUAUCUACAGCGUUAUUGAUGAUGCCAAGCAGUUUGUGUACAUUGCUGUCAUGGACUACUUGCCCAUUGUCAUCGACACCAACGCCAAACGGUACUGGCCGUAUUUAGAUGGGAAGAUAAGAGAAGCAUUGGUUUUACGAAGUAUUAAAGUACGACUUCUCAUCAGUUUCUCAAGAGACACAGAUCCCCUUACUUUUAACUUUGUUUCAUCUCUGAAAGCUAUUUGCACUGAAGUUCCAAGCUGUAGUUUGAAAGUUAAAUUCUUUGACCUUGAGGAAGAGAGUGCCUGCUUCCUUAAAGAACAGAAGAACACUUCCCUUCCCAAAUUGAAUCGUAACAAAUACAUGGUGACUGAUGGAGCUGCCUAUAUUGGUAAUUUUGAUUGGGUAGGAAAUGCUUUUACGCAGAAUGCCGGAGCUGGCCUUGUUAUCAACCAAGCAGACGCGGGGAACAGCACAAGCAUCAUUAAGCAACUCAAGGCUGUUUUUGAAAGGGACUGGUAUUCACACUAUGCCAAAAGUUUACAACCAACAAAAAUCCCAAACUGCUUUAACCACAAACUCAAUAAAGGAACUUCAAAUAAGACUUCCAUGAGCAAUGUGAAUUAGAAAGACUAUUUUACCGUUUAGUAUGGCAACGAAGAAUUAUGUUGGGGUGUAGCCUUCUUUCAUAUUUACAGACAAAAGACUUAAAGAAAAAGCAAAAAAAAAAAAGAAGUUUGGUUUUGGGGGGUGUUUUUAGGAAAAAGCACACUUAUAUUAAAUCUGUCUAACCUAUAUUCUCUAUAUGGAUUAUUUAAGACUUUCAAAUUUGUUACUUCUGACACUGAAUGUCAUUUCCGCUUCCAUGUAAAUUUUAAUGUUCCACAUUUGAAUUUAUCAGCAUGUGUCAAUGUUUCUGUUUUAGGAUUUUCCCCAAUUGCCAACCUGGCUAGAGCAAACCUUGGGGCAAAAUGAAGAUUCGAGCUAUGAAAUUACAUUCUAAGAUCAGUUAUUAUUGACUUGCAGAUAGAUGUUAGGUGUACUGUAAUAGAAAAUGUAAAGGAGUUAGCAAAGUUUCACCCAUAUAAAAAAUUCCCUUCAAAUAACUACCCUGUCAUAAAGAUGCUUACUGGUUUUGAGCAUUUACUUUGAGUAUCACUAUUCCAUGUCUUCUAACGAGCCUUAAAAUACAUUGGAGUUACAGGACUGGUAAUUCUUUCAUCUCCUAACAGUAUGAGAAAUUUUUGAGGGGUUGGAGUUUGCCUCAUAAAGUUUGUCAUAUUCCCUAAAGCCUCUCAGAUUUUUUAUCAAAGUACUGUGGACUCCUUUCAACAGAACAGUUAUUUCCAAUGACGUGCAUUUCACCUAACAGUGAAAAUCUCUGGGUUAAUAGCUAAAACCUAGAACUGAUUUUUUUUCAUGUUUUUGUAAUCGGAAGAAAAUUUCUUCCACACAUUAAAGAUUUAUCAUGUGUCAGUCAGCAGAUACAUGAUGACUCAUUACUAAACCAAUGCACAUCUCAAAAUCAAAUACUGCUUUUUAGAAAGUAUUUAGAAAGGCCAAGGGUGCAAAAUCAUGCAAUAAUUGUAGUAAAAUGAUCAUAGAAUAAUGUUGUUGCUUUUUACACCUGAAGAAUUUGCUUUCCUAAUUUCUACUUUAAAAAGAAAUAAAAAUUGUGAAGUGACAUUUUUUUGUUAAAAUGUCAUCCAUAUAGGUAAAUACACCUGCAUGGACAGAAAGUGAUGCCUUCAUUUAGACCACAGUUUUAGUUUCGUUUCAGUUGGUGUCAAAAGUGUGCCUCUACAGUCACAACCAAGUUGCACCAAGAAGCAACUGUUCUAUAAAAGUAUGAAUUUGCUCUUUGAAGAAAUACACACAAAUGUUUGACAACAAAUUUUUCUCCAAUCAGAGAUGUAAUAGCAUAGUUUCAUAAUAAAAAUGUUUCACUACUAUGCCUCUGCUUCCAUUGAAGAAACACAGCCAUGAAAGCAAACUGCAUUCUGCAUUUUGUUAAAUAUUCACAGAACCUUUUCCAAAAUAAUGACUUUUCUUCUCAUCUCCUGAAGGCACACUUCAAAAGCAGAGGGCAAAAAGAGAACAAAAACCCAACCACAUUCCAAUGUAUUAGUUUAAUCUUAUGAAGAAGUUAAAAACCCACCUUAACAUUCAAAACAUAGCUUACACUUAUAAGGUAAAAAAAUUCAAAUUUAUUUCACAGUGAGCACAACUUAGGGAAUUCUAAUAAAUUAACAUAUGCUUCAGAUUGUCAGCUAGAGAUACCUCACAAGACUAAUUAUGACCCCAAAAGGCACACCUUUGACAAAGAUUUUUGUUUAUUUUGGAAUUGCAAAGAUUUACAUCAUCUUACUGAAAAUAAUGAUAAAUCAAAGUCAACUUUUACAGAAAAUAUUUUGCACAACUCCAAUCGUCAAUAACAUUUUCUGAUAUUCAGAUAAACACAUGGCAUGUAUUAGUCUCACAGACACAUAGAAAAGCAUAUUAUCUGACACACUGAUAAGAAACAAGUGUUUUAAAAGAAAAAGGUUUCCUGUGUUGCUAUGAGGAAAGAUCUUUGUGAGGAGAAAUUUCUGGAUUUUCUUCCUUCUGUAUAUAAUUUAGAGUAUGUACAGCAUGUAUGGGAGAGAUUCCCAGAACUUAACUUACUUGUUGUGGAUUUUUUGUUUUGUUUAAGAAAUUAAUAUUAAUCCAGAUUAAUUACUGAUGAAAAUUUCAGCUGAGUUGUACCACCAAUAACUUUAGUUUUGUGAGUCAAAAACCCACAAAAUGAACAAACAAAAAGCCCACCACAUUUUUAAAAUUGUACAACUAUCUGAUUGAGAGUUGUACAGUUUCUGAGGUCCCUGUGGAUAGAUGAUCUUAAAGCUUGCGAUAACCUUAAUACCAUGACCUUACAUAAACCACAAAAUAAUUCAUGCAAACAAAAAACCCCACUGCCUGGAGUUGUUAAUUGUAGCACCUAAUGGCAAUAAUACACAGUAAUCAACCAAUGGAGGAGAUUUUCCCCCCUCCUGCAUUAUGGAUACUGCAAAUGUGUUAAGUUUUUUAAAUGACAUCUUGUAUAAAAAAAAAGGAGGAUCUGAGUGGAACACAAAUUUGUCAGACAAUAAAGCUAAGCUGUUUACAAAGCAGGAUUUAUUGAUGAAAUCAGACUGACCAUUGACUGCUUUAGUAUAACAAAUGAUUGUUAAAAUGGCUUUACUGCACAGAUCCUAGGAAAAUGCAGAUCAUGACUACUAACAAGAUCUGUUAGUGUUAGUUUGCAAAUAUUUUCUUAUUGGCUAGAUAAACAGAUUCUUGGUGCUUCAAUGACCUCCCUCAAAGAGCAGAUACAUAAAAGUAUUUUUUAAAAGUGGCAGUAUGUUUUGGUUUUAUGAAUGGAAGAAUUUGGGUAGUUUUGAACAACUUUCAAUGCAAAAUACUGGCCAGCCAUCCUAAAAAUGGAAUGGCAGACUUAAAUUUCAUUUGGUAUAAAGAAUGGAUCAAUACUGUAAUAACUGUUUAGAAUGGCGUCAGCUCCAAAGUAGUACACAAGGCCUUGACCUAUUACAUUAGCCAAAAGACAAAGUGCAUCCUUGAACUUUAGCAAAUAGGAAAUUUAAAAUACCAGAUUAUUUUUUGAAACUAUAUAAGGGGAUUAUUGCCAAUUCUUUGGCCUGGGCAGCACUGUUGCUGUUUAACUAGAUUUGCUAAAACCGCCUCAAUUUUGGCUUCAGAUCCUUCUGCCACUGUAAUAAAUGGAAGCAAAUCCAUUACAGUGAUUUCACACUAGUUUAGCAGGGAUCAGAAUCUAAACUAGUUUUGUUUCGCUUCCAAUCUCCUGAGUAUCACCACUGCACAGGUUAUUUCCUAGUUUAACAGGGGGUUAAAUUCAGGGGGUUCUCACAGACCUCACAGGCAUAACCCAAAAGAUGCACUUUCUCUAGGCCCUUCUAACUGGUAUUGGUAACUCUGUCAUAUUAAAGGCAAUUUCCUAAACAGAACAGUUUUAUUCUUAAAGAAUAUAGACUGCAAUUGUUGUUUGCUGCAAACAUUUACUAGUGCCUUAUUCAUACAAGCUUUUGUUUAACUGUUCCUCACCUGAAGUCCUGCUAAAGAUCCUGUAUCUAGUACUGAGGCAUAGAGCAAACUUCCUAAGUAAGAAGACAUUGUGAUGUUUACAGUUUAGUACCUAAAACUAGAGCCACAAAAAGACAAAAACUGACUGCAAGAUGUUGGUCCAAACCACAAGCACAUCUAAACUGGAGCAUUUUUACUCAAUCCCAGUUAAAGAACUAAAUUUCAUAAUUUACUCCUGGCUUCUUUAUCCAGGAGUUGAAUUAUUCUGGCUUGCCAAGUUAUAAAAUCUGAAUUCUCCCAAUAUGUGGCUGCUAUGAAAACCAUAAUCACAGAAAUUCCUGUAAGCACAGGUUGAAGUUCAAAUAUGACACAGUGGCUUUCCAGAUCUUGCAUGUUAAGUCUCAAGUUGUUUUGGGCCAGCUACUUUUUCUACCUGAAGCAUGAACUAGGAUCCACAACUACUCUCACCUCUUGUUUGAAGACCAGAAAGGCAUGGAUUAUGUGCUACAGCACAAUGGCUAUAGCUGUACCCUAACAGAUUGAGGUUUUACCCUAUGUAGGACCAGGUAUUCCUCCCAGUAAAUUCAGGCUGUGCUGGUGGUUUAGAAGAGAGCUUGAGAAACAAGUAGAAAAGCCUCCAAAUGCUAUUUUUAUUUUUAAGACCUCCCUAUUAUUUGCUAUACUACCAGUUACCUAAAUUCUACUACUUUGUUGAGAUUCAUACACAUAAAAACUGAAAAAUUAGGUUCUGUUACCUUCAAGUUAACCCUAAUCUAAGAAAAAAUCCAGAAAAUGUAUAGGGUUUUUUGUGAGUUUAGCAUGUACUUACUGGAAAGAGUGAUGAGAAUGCACUCUCAUCAAGAUGGUAAAAACAUCAGUUGGCUCUUCCAGUUUUUCCAUCUGAAGUUCUAAAUGUCCCUGUCUUAGAUGGUUAUACACUUGACUCCUGAGAAUGGCCUUAUAGAGUGCACUAAGUUAUCUUCAAACUUUCUGGUCUUCAAAAUUAACUCUUCAUUUUAAUACAAAUAUUCUGACUAAAUGUUUAGUAUGUUUCCAGAUGGCAAUUUCUGGUGCUGUGUUUUUCUUCCACUCUUACCCUUUCUCUACCUACAGCUAUCAUACAUUCAUGAUUUUUCAGUCAUCAUUAUUCCAAUGAAAUCUAUGUAAAGAAACCAGAAUGAAUCCUUGGUGUGUUUAAAAUUCACAAUGAUGCCUCCCAAGCUGAAGGUACCGCUUCUAACACUGCUCCACUUCUAACACUGCAAGGUAUAGCAGCUCAACUGAUACUGUAGGAGAUGGAUUUUGUUAGCUGUAGUUUUUCACUUUAAUUACUGCUGGAUGUUAUUUAUGAAUUUCUCAGUAUUGAAUCAGGUUGCUCUUGGAUCAUCACUUUGCACAAAUGCCUUAGAAGCUUGCCAAACUAGCAUGUAAAGAGACCUCAUUCAAAAUAGUUUAGACAAGAAAAGAACUUGUGCUUUACACUCUGAAGGGUGCUGAAGUUAAUGGAUAAACUCUGGUCCUAUAAUAAAGUGGAGAUUUCUAUUGUACCUCCUGUUUAGAUUAAUCCUGCAUGGGCUUCCAAGAAAGUCUGUGAGAAUUGUUUGUUUGAAUUACCUUGCCAUCAGGAAUUUACAGAGAAUCUGAAAGUAAUCCAGCUGUAUUGAGUGGUUCAACACAGUAAUGUCAAGUGGGUUUUCAUGAAAACACAUUUGUAUUAUAUAUCCAUACGAUACAAACUGCAUUAAAGUGCUAAUGUCAGGUUUUCCCUACAGUUCAAAAACAUGUAGGACAAAAAUCAAGCUACAGCAGCCUAUUUCUGAAAACUUUGUUAAAAAUAGAUUUUAAGAAUGUAAUUCAAUUCUGGCUGCAAGUUAUUCUGCUAUAGUAAUGUAGUCAGCUCUAUUUUGUUCACAACAAAUUCUACACUGCAAUUUUACAGGAAGACUCAAUAACUUUUUAACCCUGUAAAAUAACCACAAUCAAUCUGCCUUUAAGAACAGGAAGAAUGAUGGCAAAUUCAGGCUGCAGACUAUAAUAUAGAAUAUAAUAAAAAUAGCUGUCAACUGCAGCAUUCCAGAGGAUGAUUUUGUGCUAAUUCAUGUUGCAUGGCCACAACCAUGAACAAUAUGAAUGACAUGUAUCACAGUGGUGCUGCAUGAACACAUGGUGGACAUUGACUCUCAUGCAGUAAAAUCCAUCCCUCUUGUAACAGCAUAAAAUGUAGUAAGAGUAGAGAGGAAGGGGCAAAAAGAGCCAGAGGCAAACUAACUUGGAUCAUCUUGAGUUAAUGGACUGGAUGCUGACAUAAAAGCUCUGGACUGCAUUUUUAUUUUGUUCCUUUCUCUGCAAAAUCCUGUGUUUCUUAUGCAUCCUCCUUGCUCAUCUUUAAACGAGUGAACUCCCAUGGUUGUUUUCAGAAUGACGAAGGUACCUUUAAGAACUACAAACUUAUGCUUAGCAGAAAGAAAUCAGCAUUAAUUAAAGUCCAUUGAUUUCUGUCCAGCAGGUACCAAGUAGUAAAGCACUAUUUGAAGUGGGACUCCUCCUUGGACAUUAGAAGUUUCUAGUGUAAUACAAGCAAAAAUUGACAGCGUAGCACGCGCCUGCAAAUUUCACAUCACACGCGGCAUUGCUUGUGAUUUGUUUGUUCUCUCAAUGUACAAAUACAGUCAUCAGACAGAUACCAUUCUGAACUGCUGAUAAACUGGAGAAAACUAAGCACAAGUAUCAGGCAAUCCAACUUGACACACUCAAAUGAGGUAAAGGAAUCCUCCCAGAAGAGCUAACUGUAUCAAGUUUAUAAGUCACCUAGAAGCUAGAAAGAUUUUCAAAUGUAACUUUUAGGGACUUGAUGGGGGUUUUAAUGGGGAAGGAAGGUUUCUGUUAAGGAUUAAAGGCAUGCACUGUUAUAUGUAGUGUCUAAGCAAAACAGCAUAAAAAAUGUAAAAUAAGAAGCUCUUCAAAUGGAAGUAUGUAGACCAACUUUUUGCUGACUGACCUGCUAACAAGUAUUUUCUAGUAGAUCUCAAUCUAGCAGAUCUCAAUGUUCAAUUACUUCACAAUAAUCUCUUUAAAUUACUCUGCAAGUAUUCCUUAUUUGUAUUUCUUCAAGUGACACUGUACCUAUAUUCAGUGUUUUACUUGAAACUUGACAAAAAAGCAGGAUGCUUCUGGAAGCAAACAAAGAACACCAAAGCUGUUUCUUUCUAAAGGUCAGAGGACUUCCUCUCAUCUAACUUGUCCUUUUAUUAUCUCCUACUUCUUCAGGCUGACAUUUGUCAUGGCUUGAGUAGAAAAGAAAAUGAAGUAUUUUUAGUCACCUGCUGUUUCUGAAAACUGCUGGCUGCUCAACAUGUUCUUGCCCUUUGACAGAUCCCUCAUCUAAUGAGAUACUAGAAGUAUAAUAAAGGAGGCCAAGCACAUAAUUCCAGGUGCCUCACGUAAUUCUUGACCUGGAAAGACACAUAUGCCAAAUCUGGAAAAAGAGAUGGAUGGUGGGGGUGGGGAGAAUGCUUGGCCAGCUUUAAAUGAGGUAGAGGUUCUUCUGAUGAUAUAAAUACCUCUUCUGGUGAAUUUGCUUUAUUCUAGAAUGAACCACUCUUUUCCACACAGCCAGAUUUGCUGUGACUGAAACGUGUGGCCAACUUCAGCAUGAAAAGGUGAGAGGCCAAAUGUCCCUCAUCUCUAUGAAUUGAACUAAUUUCUUCACUAUGUAAGAGAGGUGGAAGAAGCAGGUAACAUUCCCUCUUCUGAGGGAGUAGGCCAGGUUGCUACUAGAAAUAGAGCUGAUAAGGUUUCUAAAAGAAGCAAAGAUCUUGUGCAUCUGACUUCUAUUAAUUCUCACAAGAUGGUGCAUCUCUACAGCUUUUGUACCAAUUUCUUUGUGGCAAGCUGUCAGACUUCUCAGGAAAGCUCCGUUUCCUCCUUCUCCCUAUGCUCAAGACAGUUGUGACAUCUGCUUUUAACAAUCUCCAGAUUCUUCAAAGACAUUUCUAAACUAGGCUGUAAGAAUUUUCCCUGUGAAAAGGAAAAAUGAAGUGCAGGUUCAGUGAGGAAUCCAAAGAACCUAGUACAAAUAUUAAAAUACAUAAGAAAUCAGGAUCAAAACCACAAGGCAUUCUCAUUUUUGCCAACAAAUGAGACUUGGGAAGGCAAACAAAAGGCUAAUGCAGUACCUCAGAUUAAUGGGACUGGAAUUUAUAAACCAGAGCUCUUACUUUUAUGGACAGUCCCCACAUCUGAACUGCUGCUCUCAGUAUGCAGAGAUGCAGUGAAGAAUCAGAGAACUGCUUUGAUGUGCUGUACAAAGGUUUCAGCAUUCAAAGUGUUAUGUCCAUUUCUCAAUGUAUACAGCUUAAAAGAUAGGCUAAAAAAUGGGAUUAUGUGUAUAUUUAUACAGAUCUGACUGCCAAAUAAUCAUUGAAAACCAGUCACUUCUCUUAGCAGUUGUGUCUUCAGAUGUCACCACAGAGAUCUUACUAAAUAUGCCUGGAGAAAGGCAGAAAAGCAACAUCUGUGGCAGCAAGUAAGCCAACCACAAAAAAGCUGCAAGCCUAUUUUCCAAGUGCUGGUUGAUACAAUAAAAGCAUUCAAGUGUCCCCAUCCAGCUCAGAUUCCAAAUGUCCUUGUAUCAGAUUCCAAAUACAGACUUGAGGCUCCUCACACACAGACUCAGAGACAUGUCCUCAAAGGAAAAAGCAGUAUCUUUGCUAGAAGAGCUUGGAACAUCUCUAGCACAAUUACUUGUUCCACUGCUGUCCUACUCUUAAAUAAGGCUGACAGGAAAUAGUACAGCUGUCUGGAAAGGGCCACAUAUCCUUUACUAGAAAAUGCAAAUAUGCACACAAAGAGACUCAGAAUAAUGAGUUACCAAAGUGGACUCCUGGCUGCAGCACAGAGGGACAUCAGUGUCACCCUUUCUGAUAGCACACACCAAAGCCAUCUGCUCACCUUGUCAUUCGCACACUGCAUGUGGGCCAAAGCUCACUUUUUAAAAAAAAACAAAGGGCAGUGUUUCUCUCUGAAUGAAACAUUCCAGAGAGGAUUAUACUUUUUUUUUCUUUUUAAUAGAGAGAACAGCAAUCACUGCCCUACUUUUCUUCCCUUUCCACACUCCACUUUGCAAAUUAGCAAAUGUUUCCACCAUCUCUACCUCAUCUUUUUCCUUUUCAAGCUAUUUCCUGGACUCUGUUUCUGAAUCCCUUGCUGCUGCUUUGUCUGCAAGGAUGAAUCCCUGCAACUUGCAUUGUUGGUGCUGUAACAUCCUACAAGGUUACUUCACUAGCUUUACCUGAAGUGCUCAGAAGGAGGAAGUGCAUGCACACACUGUUUAAAGACACACAAAUUACUAUGUAUGAAGACAAGGGAAGUCAGGGCAAAAGCAGAAUGCAGGAAUACCUGGACAGGGAAGGGGUCUAAAGUCAUACUCCUCAGUCCGAUUUCACCUUGGCACACCCAAAACCUGUAUCAGGAUCUAGAGCUCAAUUUUGCAAAUCUUGCACAACUAACACAAGCCUUGCCUCCAGGUAUUCUGUUUGCUGUUGGCCUGGAGUCACUCUCCAGGUUAACCUGCCAAGCUAGGCAAUAACAAGCGAGUCAAAACCACAGACAACUUCAAGCCACGUGACCUCACCUUUAUCCUUCAGGUGGCAUUUGGCCACAGAGGGGUCUAACCUAGGUACUUGUCAUCUUGUGACAGUGAAGAUGGUCCAAGCUCACCAUCAUAUACAACACCACUGCAUUCAAAAGAGCAAAUGAAAAAUAUCAGCUGUCUGCAAAUGUAUUUUAAAUCUCUACGUGUGACUUUGGCACUGCAUUUUAUUCCCCAACACAAUCUAAAAAUAUCAGGAGUCCUGUGUAGAGUUUGCAGAGCAAAAAGGGUGUGUACUA